AUGUGUGCAGACCAGUUGAGGUCAACUAGCCACCGAGUCACUCUUCCGCCUCUGGCAGACCGGUUUGCAGGAGAAGAAAGGAUGACCCGUCGACGAUUUUCCAUCCCGUACUUCCUGGCGCCGGACCCGGACUCGGUGAUCGAGUGUAUUCCGUCGUGUCGGACGGCCACCGACCCGGCCAAGUACGAGCCCAUUACGCAGGGCGAUUACAAUCGGAUGCGAGCUUCCAUGCAGUAUUAA